AAAAAAAAAAAAAAAAAAAUGCAGCCACGUAUGCCUUUUGAUGAUGUCGCUUGGGAGAAAAGCGAAGAGAUUUCGGAUAAUUGGGUAGACGAGCUUUUUGCCAAUGAAAACACCCUCGAAGUCGCCGCCAUUCGAUAUCUCCAGGAUCAUACGUCCAUCCCAGUGCCUUUUAUUCUGCAUUGGGGUACCAAAGAGGAGAGUCCACUUGGAUUAGGCCCCUUUAUCAUCAUGGAAUACAUUGAGCACGAAAUGAACAUGAGCAAGGCCCUGAACACGCCUGGGAUUUCGCAUUGAAGGACCGACCGCGCCUCGAUCCAAAUAUUGAUAUCCCGAGACUGGAGAUGCUGUAUGGGCAACUUGCAGAUAUUCUGCUUCAGCUUAAUCAAACAUGUCUCCCGAAAAUUGGGUCCCUAGACCAAGUCGAUGAUGAUGAUAUUAACUAUGAAAUUAAACACCGACCACUGUCAAUCCAUAU